AUGCAACUGAAUGCCCAAAAGACUACGGCGUUCAGUGCGCUGUGCAGACAAAUAUCUUCCCCAACUUUGGUAACCCACAGCGUCUUCUGCAAUAUUCUACAUCCAAAAUAUAAAAAUUUGGUUCUCGUCCGUGGUACAACCAUUGAAAUCUAUGAAAUAAAGGAGACAAAAAACGAUUUGGGUCUUAGUUUUGUGACGUCAUCGAUGCUCUAUGAGGAGGUCGAGGAUAUCGUUGUCGUCAGGUUUUAUGGUCAUCAGAUGGAUUCUUUGCUUCUAAGUUUUAAGGAAGCUAAAGUCGCCGCAAUGACUUUCGAUAUCCAAGCCUACGAACUUAAAACAUGUUCUCUUCAUACAUACGAAGAUCUCUCACUCAAGGGUGGACGUCUACAGUUUACAAAGACACCGAUGCUUAGGGUAGACCCGCUGCAACGAUGCGCUGUCAUGCUGGUUUACGAUAGAUAUCUGGCGGUGUUGCCAUUUCGUCGCGCAGAUGCCUUGACUUCAGCGGAACAUCUUGCGGAAACUCCCACAACCCCACUUGUAGAAGCUGUUUGGCAACACAAAGCCACAGCACCGAUAUUGUCAACAUUUACAACUUUCUUGAGCACGUCAACUGGAGAAAGGAUUAACAAUGUAAUCGACAUUAAAUUCCUGUACGGAUUUUAUGAGCCUACGUUGUUCGUUCUAUACGAACCAAUCGGAACUUGGGCAGGACGAGUUUCCGCUCGACGUGAUACCUGUUGUAUCGUAGCCCUUUCUUUGAACCUACAAAAACGAACAAAUCCCGUGAUCUGGUUUCAGGAACAGCUCCCUUUCGAUUGUCAUACAGUUAUACCUAUACCCAUGCCUGUUGGCGGAGUUCUCAUAAUCGCGGCCAAUUCGAUAAUCUACCUGAAACAGACCCUGCCGUCGUGCGGACUACCUCUUAACUGCUAUGCUUUACUUUCAACGGAUUUCCCUCUCCGUAAGCAAUCAGAGUGCUUAGUUCUAAAGGUGAGUGGACUUGUGACACCAUCCCUCAUCAGUAUCUACAUUGCCUGUCGAGACCCCCUGUCCACGUAG